GGGGGGGCUUUGUCCAUCCUUACUAUAUAAACGCGCGCAAGCCCAACGGCACGAGCUCAACCAACAGCAGAACAACUGGAAAAGGCGCGUGCCGCUUGUCCUGCUCCAGAACUCUCGCGACCCUCCACUAAGUCAAGAGCUCCUCGCGCCAUGGACUCCGACAGCAGCAGCUGCGACUUCUUCACGCGCACGGACGACGAGGACUCCCGCGGGAGUGCACGCUGCGCGUCACCGCAGCCCGAGCAGCAGAAGAAGCGGCGUCGGGGCCGCGGCUCCGUGCCCGUUGUGAGGAAGAACCGGCGCGUGAAAGCCAACGACCGCGAGCGUAACCGCAUGCACAACCUGAACGACGCGCUGGACACGCUGCGCGAGCUGCUGCCCGCGUGCGCGGAGGAGACCAAACUCACGAAGAUCGAGACGCUGCGCCUCGCGCACAACUACAUCUGGGCCCUCUCCGAGACCGUGCGCAUCGCGGACCUGCAGGCCGGGAGAGCCGGGGACGCGCCCCUGCUGCGCGGCCCCGUGCGCCUCGCAGACGCGUCGAGUCCGGGGAGCGACGCCCGCUCCUGGAGCUCCAGCGACUCCUCCUCCUCCUCCUCCUCCUCCCCGUCGUACUGCGCCUCCAGCCCGGGCAGCCCCCCGGAGGACUACGGAUACCGGCCGCAGGACGCGCUGUUCGGAUUCCGUAGCUUCGUGCCGGGCGUCUACUGACCGAGGUCAGAGGAGACAGAGGACAGACGAGACAGAGAGGACAAAGAGGAGAUGGAGGACAGACGAGAUAGAGGACCAUCUAUGUGGACUGAGACAGAAUCACUGUUGCCUUAUGGCUCAUUUAUGUAUAAAUGAGCCAUUCUUCCUUUUUGGUUCCUUGUUAUGUUCCGUUUUGACCCUACAGCCCGUGCACUUUGCCCCCCCCCCCCCCCCCCCCCCCCCCCCGCAUCACCGGAGGUGAAAAGUCAGUUUUACAAUUAGUCGCGUGCUGAAGCAGAAGGAGAGCGUGGAAUCGUGUUUGACGCUCGUGACAGAGUAAAGAAUAGUAGCCCCCCCCGGUCCCCCCCCCCCCCCAACUGAUGCUUAUUUUAUUUAUUUUACUCGUCUUGUUUUCAUUCGUAAAAUCUGUAUUUUGUACAUAGAGAGAUUUUUAUUCUAUUUACUGCUGCGGACAUUUUUCUACAAAUAAAGUUUUAACGGUUCUAUGAAAAGAACGUGCAUGUGUUUUUGUUUUCUAAUGACCUCAUCAUGACGUCACCUGCAGACGGUCAGAUCCAUAUGAAUAAAAU